UAUUUGGAAAAGGAAAAUGAAAGUAACUCAGAGGCAGCUAAGAUCCCAAGGAGCAAGGACAUGGCUGAGGAAAAUGUGGAGCCAAAACCAGGAGACCUGAUUGAGAUUGACCGAGAUCUUUACCAACAUUGGGCUGUCUAUGUUGAUGAUGGAUAUGUGGUGCAUCUGGUUUCAGAUGAUGAGGUUCUUGAAAAUCCACCUCUUUCUCUGUCUGUCGGAACACGAAAGGCCGUAGUGAAGUGGCAGCUGCUUUCAGAAGCCUCCGGGCAAAAUAAAUGGCGAGUCAACAAUAAGCUUGACAAAAAACAUAACCCCAAACCCAUGUGGGAAAUAGUUAUAGCUGCACUUGAAAUGGUUGGAGAAAAGGUAGACUACAAUCUGUUGAAAAUGAACUGUGAACAUUUUGCUACCGACCUACGUUACGGGCAUCCUGAAAGUGGCCAGGUCAUCAAACUAAGCAAGUUUCUUGAGGGAGCCCUCUCUGCGAACGCUCCUGCUGCAUUGAGAAUUCCGGAGGAGUUUCCAGUGAUGCAGUUGAUGAGAAAAGCCCUACAGCUAUUUAGAAUUAAUUCGCUUACCCAUCAGUAAAAUAGGGUUUUCAGUGCAUGAUGAAUAGCAUGAACAAUCCAAACAAAUGUUUGCUUGUCAAGCAAGAGUUCAGGGCAUCUUCUACACAGCCAUAUAAUCCAGAUUAUCAAAGCAGAUAAUACACAUUAUCCAAUUUAAACUGGAUUAUAUGUGUCUACACUGCUAUAUAAUCCAGUUCAAAGCAGAUAAUCUAGAUUUUGUAUGGCAGUGCAAAAGGGGCCUGUGGGCCUUCUGCACAGCCAUAUAACUCAGAAUAUCAAGGCAGAAAAUCCUACAAUAUCUGCUUUGAACUGGGCUAUCUGAGUCCACACAGCCAUAUAUUCCAGUUCAAAGCAGAAAAUUUGGGAUUGUAUUCAGCUGUGUGGAAGGGGCCCCAGUGGAAAGCAGCACAGCCACAGGAAUUGAUUAACCCCUUUUUUCUUCUCACAUUCACCCUUGUCUUUAAAGGAUGGCACCUGGCUUCUUCAGUGUUGGAAGACAAGAAAAACUCAGGCAAAAUGCACAAAGCACCUAAGCUUGAGUGUGGGUAGGUAAAGAGAAAAGGCAUUCACUAUCAUUCCUCCUUCUCCUGUUGUCACAUUCUUCCUCUCCUAUUGUCACAGUACCGGUCAACAAAUUGCUGGAAGACUCUUCUCUUCUCCCUGAAAUCAUCAUUUUUCUCACCCUCUUCUUCUCCCAGAAGUUGCAGCACCCAGAAUUUGCUUAGCUUUGACUUCAUGCUAUUUCCAUCACCUAGAAUCCAUAUAGGAUUCCAGAACUUGAACCUUAGACCGUGAACCCAAAAGCCUCACAAAGUACAUUCCUAGCAAGGCAUCCUUCAUUUAAUCCUCCACUAUGCAAAUAAAUAUCUUUUGUUUCUCAGGCCCCUUCUACACAGUUCUAUAUCCCAGGAUCUGAUUUUAGAUUAUCUGAUUUAAAUUGGAUUAUAUGAGAUAAUCUGGGAUAAGAAGAUACCCUGGGAUCAUAUCCUGGGAUAUAGGGACAGUGUAGAAGGGACCUCAAUCUCAUUCUUUCUUUCCUGAUUCUGGAAGUUCUUAAACUAUUGGAUGAUUUAAUUGUAUGUGCACCUUAUGCUCUUUGUGGGAUGGGACUGUCAUGGGUUGCGUUGAUGAUGAGUAUAGUUAUUGGGCUUCUUAUCUAUCAUAUACUAUUGUAUGGUAUGUAUCACACAUAUUAUCUUGUUUUAAGGCUCAAUGUAUAUGUAUCACUGGCCUGUUUUAAUCUGCUUGGUUUAUUGUGUAAAUUGUAAGAUGAAGAAAAAUUUUAACCAACAUAAACAUACCAAUAUUUCAACGAGAAGGGUGAGCCUGCUUUUGGCUGAUAAGAUAGUCAAGUUAAUUAGGAUUGUUGUUGUUGCUGUAUGGCUUCAAGUAGUUUCAGACUUAAUGCGACCUUGGGGCCACUUCCACACAACUGAAUAAAAUCCCACAUUAUUUGCUUUGAACUGGAAUAUAUGGCAGUGUGGACUCAGAUAACCCAGUUCAAAGCAGAUGUUGUGAGAUUUUAUGCCUUGGUAUUCUGGGUUAUAUAGCUGUGUGGAACAGCCCUGGGUCUAAUGUUUAGGAUGGGCCAUGUAAAUGACCUUGGAAGGCCACAUUUGGUCCACGGGCCUUAGUUUGGGGACUCCUGCUCUAUAUGGUGGCCCCAAGAUAAGACACAGAGAUGAUAGCAUAGCUGUAAACAGAUGUGCAACUGGUGUUUAGCUAAAAUGGUUUUGGCACUGAUAAGGUUGCUUCCUCCUGAAAAUACCAAUAUGUUCCCAUUCUUAAACUUGGCUUAGAAGAGAAGAGAGAUUAAAGCCCCUCUUAGCUUGUGAGCACCUCUACAGCUUCUAAAACACUUCUACUAAAUGGAUAACCUCCAUCUAUUGCAAGGGAAGUAUUUCCAUCUCCCAGUCUCAGGAAGGAGAAUUCAAGCCCCUUGUUUGAGAACUGCAGGGGCCUCAUAGAACUUGCAAGACACCUGUUUUGGGGGACCACUUGUACAUAUGGCUAUGUAACUAUUAGACCGAAUGGAUGUGACAUCACUUUAUUUGACUUCAUUGACAUAACUGUCCAUUUCUUGCUUGUUUGUAACCAAUAAAGCUAUGAAUUGUACUAAGA